AUGGCAGAGUUAGCUUCAGAAGUAAAACACGAGCUAAUCUUUCUCUUGGUGGUUAAUAUUUCUGUGUCCUUUACUGCAUUUCUGGGGAACUCUCUGAUCCUAGUGGCUCUGCAGAAAGAAUCUUCACUUCAUCCACCGUCCAAACUCCUGUAUCGUAACCUAGCGAUAACUGAUCUCUGUGUCGGAGUGAUUGCAGAACCUGUUUAUGUUGCCUAUUUUAUUUCCGUGCUAAGCGAUAAAUGGAAUAUUUGCUUUUACGCGGAUGUAUUAACUUUUUUCACGUGCUAUGUUUUUAGUGCCGUGUCAUUAUUUACAUUGGCUGUAAUAAGCGUUGACAGACUUCUCGCACUGUUACUGGGGCUGAGAUACAGACAAGUUGUAACUUUGAAAAGAACACUGGUGACCCUAAUUGUUGGUUGGAUUUUGUCCAUUGUGGUUUUAUUGACCUACCUUUGGGAUCCUAUUGUGACGUCAUGGUGCGUCAAGGUAGCCUUAUCUGUUUGUCUCGUCACCUCAUUUGUUUGUUACGUCAAGAUUUUCUUGAUUCUGCGUCAUAACCAAAUCCAAGUGCUGGACCACUUUCCUCAAAGACAACAGAACCAACAGGUUCCACUUAACAUAGCGCGAUACAGGAAGGCAGUGUCUGCUGCAUUGUGGGUGCAGAUGACAUUAGUUGUUUCUUACCUGCCGUUUCUUAUAACCGAAGCUUUGAAACAUCAGCGAGGGAUACCACUAUCGCUUUACCAUGCAAGGGAAUUUACCGGUACCUUAGUUCUUCUAAACUCCUCUUUAAACCCGUUACUGUACUGUUGGAAGAUUAGAGAAGUAAGGCAAGCCGUAAAGGAUACCAUGAGAGAACUUUUAUGUUCAUCGCCAAAUUAGAUUGUUAUAUAGCUGGAGAAUUUUUUCCAACAGCGCGUUCUCUCAUUGGUUACUUCCACGUCCCAUGAAAUCUAUAACGAGGAAACUGUUUCACGCCAAAAUCCCUGAGCUGGCAACAUUGCAAAUCUACGACGUCAGAGGGUAACAGUGCACUGUUCCCUGCGACUAGGGACUUUACGCAGUGACGACGGGAAUUAAGCUUAGACGGCGGCGUUCGCUUUGAAAUUACGUCACGAGCAUGCACCACAGUGAAGGUAUUCAUGUGUAAAAGCUAUUGUGCUCCAGUCCACGACUUCAGUUCGCCUGUUUUGAAGUCGACUUGUCGACGUGAGUCGACAUGAGUUGUAUUGCUUAGAAAAUAUUUUUCUUCGCUACAUUUAUCGGUCCAUCUCCAGGUCAUUCAUCUUAGUUUCCAACCUGAUGAUUUCUUGAGAAAUCGAAGCGCGCAUCUUGAAACGAACACGAGGUCAUCAAAAUUGUAAUUUUGUAAUUUGUUUACCCACGGGUCACUAAGGAGUUCAUAAGAACUCGUUGAAACGUGUCCGUGCGUUCCAGAUCGAAUUGGAAUUUGAAAGUGUUGGUUUUUAAGGAGAGGGGAAAACCGGAGUACCCGGAGAAAAACCAACAACAAACUCAACCCACAAAUGGCGUCGACGCCAGGAUUCUAACCCGGGCCACAUUGGUGGGAGGCGAGCGCUCUCACCACUGCGUCACCCUUGCUCCCCUAUCAACGUAAGAUAAACUAUUUUACAUCCAGAAAACAGACGUGGCUUUGUUUCCACUAGUUUCCAUUGAUUUAAGAAUGAAAGUGUUAACAAAUAUUUGUGAGCAGUCGCAUAUUCGGCGGUUCUUUAAUAUGAGGCUAAACGGACGAGAAUUCUGGCUUGAUUUGUUUAAAUCAUACAACAUCAAAAAAAUCUUCGUCAUUGAUAAAAUUUUCGUUUCCGAACUGUGAGCAAAAAGCAACAUAUCUCUGACUUCUUUUAAAGAACGCAUACCGUAUAAAGCAGUCACUAGUCGGGAAUCAAGGUUUUAGAAUCAACAGUUGCACAGAUAAAAAGGUUAAUAGACUUAAAUGUCUAAUCCCUUUCGCCCGCGUCGCCGAGAAAAUUGUUUUGCAUUUCGCGCCAAAAUCAGGAGUGCCGUCCUAGAAUUCAUCGAUGCGUAACGUAACUCGACAGUGGACAGACUGAGGUCAUCGUUCCAAGCCCUUUCGGUCGGGAAUACCGUCGUGAAAACCUCCCGUCGUCGUUGCGUGCAGUCCCUAAUGUUUACCGACGACCGCCGUUACAGCGAGGUUUAUUGAAUUUCCAGCCUCAAAAUUACCAGGGCUCCGCCUCGGGAAACAUUGAGAUUCUCGACGAACAAAAUUAAUUGUUUUUCUUAGGAUCAGUCAUUAAGUGUUAAUUGUUAGAUCUAUUGACUACAGUCGGGCCUCCCUUAAGCGACCACUCAAAAUGCGAAGUUUUAAUGGUCAAUUACGGGACGGUGUUGCUUACGGAUCUUCUUUUUGGAGGGAAUUUAUUGCAUGCAAUUUCCAAGGUACGAUAUAAGUCGUUUCAUGAUUUGACAGAAAGUUUUUCGUAUGUACGUAUACAGGGCUGAAAGAGAUCACACCAUACGCAAAGUGGUCGCUUAUUAUAUGUGUACAGUCAACUUUUGCCUUGCGGACACCUCGCUAUAACGGACACCCCGAUAAUACGGACAGUAGCCAAAUCCCUGGCAAAAACAAAUUACAGACGUUUGACUGAAACAAAUUACUCCCGCUAUUAUGGACUCUCGUUAGUGAGGACACUAACUCGAGGUCCCUUACAGUGUCCGCAAUAACCGGAGUUAACUGAAGUCCUCUUCUUUUGGAAUUUUGUAGUCCUUUUUUGGGUAUUGGUAAUGUCGAGGCUAAUAAAAUGGAGAACACUAACUAUUAUUUAUGGCUAUUAAUUAUUAAGAUCCAUUUUAAACUAUUCGAAGUCUGUUUCAUAUGAUACCCUCUUAAAUAUAGCUGCAUGACUGAUAUCCAAACUUUAGAUCAGCAUCAACAGUUUCAAUCGUUAAUUAUGCUGUACAAGUGUUUGUACCGACCAGUGCGUACUGUAUGUUAGUGGAUUUUUUUACAUUUAAGAGUGUCUCAUGCAAUUUACGUGAGCUUGGCACAACGCUUGAGCUACCAUCUUUUAAUUUAGAAUGUAUGCAUAAAUCUUUUACGUGAAAUAGUUCAUCGCCAGUAAUUAGAGAAUCGAAAGACAUUAGAAUUUUUAAGCGAUCUCUUGAAGCCUUCAUGUUUAAAAGCUUUCAAAUUUUAUAAGGAUUUUAAAUUUUAUCUGUAAAUAAUGUCUGUAAUACUAAUUGUAAAUAUCAUUUCUAACGUAUUAGUAUUUUAGAUUGCUCGUUAUUACUUGACUAGUUUUUAUUGAUUUCUUUUACAUUUAUUUCAUUAUACAUGUACACGUUUUAAUCGAACACAUGUGAACUAGUCCUAGGUGUCCCGUGGUUGAAUAAAGUUGAUUUAUUGAUUAAUUAUAAAAACGUUAUCCCGAAAAGAGUCGUGGUUCUAAUUACCGUAGAAAGGCCUGCUUGAGAACACUUAACCCUAGUAAGACCAGCCUUUUUUGCUUCCGGAGCUCCGAACCGCCCCCACCCUCUCUAUAACUGCAAAACCGCUCAUGAUACUGCCACCAAAAUUACACGAAAUAAUAUAAUCAUCAUUUACAACAUCUAUAGACAUAAUUUGAUUGACACAAUGGCGUAAUUUGACCAAAUUAUGACGUCGUAUUGUUGAAUUUAUUUGCAGAAUCCAAAUUCCAUCAAUUUCCCCCCUCAAAACGAAAAAUACUUAAAAUAGUUAGGCGUCUGACAAGAUCAAGCAGUUGGCCAGUGCAUUAAUAACCUUUUAAUAACAGCACUGAUGUCAUGGUGACAUCAUUUAUUACCAGGAGCCCAUAAGCGGCAGCGAGAAAGUUUUCCUUGAGCUAGUGUCAUGGCGUUUUCAUGGAGCAGAAAUAUUUUUAGACCGGUUUUGGCGCUAAUAUUAAAUAUCUUUUAAAUCCCACAAACCAGUCAGCAAAACCUACAGACCUAAAAAUGAUAUAUAUUCUUGCCUUUUAAUCACGUUUACUUUUUCUUUUUGUUAUCUUAUCCUGGUGGAGAUUCUAUUUUCGCGGGAAAAAAUGCCCUAAAAUGUGUCUAAAAAUAAACUGAUCCGUAAAAUGUCGCGACAUGGGCCAAGUAUGGGAGUUGCUCGCUCCGGGUUAUGGGCUCCUGUUAUUACUAAGAAGGAUCUGGAACCAUCCAUCAUCUUGGAUCCGUGAAUUCUAAAUUGAAGCAAAUAUUUCAGGAAACACGCUCAAAUUCGAGACAGCUUUGUUGUGAAGUUUUCAUCGCAUCGAUUAAAAAUUUUAGUUGAGUUUAAACGGGCACAUUACGCUGGAAUAAGCGAAUUUCAUUUGAGUACAGAAACAUUUGGGUUUUCAGAUAAAUUUUUCAAAAAAUAACUUCUGUGUGUAUUAUUUUGUUCCUCAGUGUUCAUUCAUAAUUUUCGUUCAGAGAACUGUCGAAAAACAACAGCUUCAGCGCUGGCUAUGUGUCGGCGAAUUUCAGUUGCAACUUUGACUUUCAUAGCUGGAUUUCCCCAGACAGAUUUCGAUACAAAGCUAGUUAAUUUCUUUUUAAAAUUAGUGUUACCUGUUAUUCUAAAGGAAUUACAGUCAAGUUUUUCUCAUUUCUACUUUACGUUUAUUUCAAAAAUUGUCACAUAAAUAAGCUUGAUAAUUAUUUCAUUUAUUUAGUUUUAACUCAUUUUUUAGAGUCUUUUUAGUUGCUGUUUAUAGUUGCAGCUAUAGUUUUCCCUCAACAUUAAGAGCGAGUAGACAGAUCCCAUUCAGAAUAACAACGAAAAACGUUUUUCAAUUUACCUGAAGACGGAGAACGGUUGAUUCAGAGAAAGAAAAACUCAAAUGCAAGUUGUUGAAAACCAUAGAACAUGAUUUGUUUACGCGCGGGCAGAUGGAAGCAUACAUGAACUCGUACCGAUGACUCAACCGUAGGCAAAUGGAAAAUAAUGUUUUUCUCUUUUGAUUAUGUUAUAAAAGAAACGGUAAACGUUGCAGCUGUGCAACCAUGGAGUUAUGGAUGCACUUGGGAGGUUUGCUAAGCACGAAAGAAUCGUAAGAGUCGCACGAGGCGAUAGCCGAGUGCGACUCUAGCUUGUAAAGAACACUAUUUUCAAAUCAAAAAUGGAUUACUAUUGUAGCCUUAUCUAUUCAGCUGAAAGUGACAGCAAAACCCUGUUUCGCACAAUUACUCGUCUUCUUCACAGGAAAGCAGAUAGACUUUUCCCUACCAGCUCUUCUACAGUUGAUCUCGCCGAUAAAUUCUUCCACUUUUUUGAGGAGAAAAUCGUCAAUAUCAGAAGUUAUCUUGGUUCACCUGUAAUUCCUGAUUUCUUUGGAACCCUAGAUACUUCAUCACUAACCAAUUAUCCUGAAGAUUUUCCAUUUGUCACUGGACCGGUUAUUUUCCGUCUUUUUUGAAAACUGCUCUUCUAUCUCCACUACUUAAGAAAGCCAACUUAGAUCAUGAAGUUCUUGCAAACUACAGGCCUAUUUCAAACCUCAAGGUAAUCUCAAAAAUUGUUGAAAAGGUCGUCGCAGUACGUCUUCAAAAAUUUUUAGAAGCUAACCAGCUAAACAAGCCACUACAAUUUGCCUAUAAAUCUUUCCACAGUUGUGAAACCGUCCUUGUGCGCGUUCAUAACGACGUUUUGGUUGCUAUUGAUAAACGUCAAUGUGUUAUGCUUCUACUGUUAGACCUGUCUGCCGUCUUCGACAGUCCUCCUUACAAGAUUGCACUCUAAAUACUCUUUCUCUGGCAUAGCUCUUGAAUGGUUUCGCUCCUACCUUACUAAUCGCUCGCAAUUUGCGUUAAUCGAAGGGUGUAGAUCGCAGUCUCGCGAGCUCAAGUGCGGUGUACCUCAAGGUUCUGUCCUUGGACCGAUUCUGUGUGUACUGUAUACAGCACCACUGGCCGACAUUCUACGAUUCCACGAAAUGCAAUUUUACUUUUAAGCCGAUGACACUCAAUUGUUUAUUUCUUUCUUUACUAACAACGACAUGAAAUUAACCAACAGUGAUAAGUGGAUGUCCAUCAACAGACUAAAACUAAAUAGAGACAAGACCGAACUUCUCUACUCCUUUUUAAAGUAUAAUCCACAACAAUCACUACCCCCUAUUCGCUUUGGAACUGACAUAAUCAAGCCCUCUCCACAUGCAAGACACAUUGGCGCUAUCUUCGAUACCACUAUGUCAAUGCUUCCCCACGCAAACAAUAUUUGUAAAUCUGCCUUUUAUCAUCUUCCCACCAUUUCGCGCAUAAGGAAAUACUUACCAACGCAAAUUACUGAGAUUCUAAUACACACCUUUGUAACUUCGACACUCGAUCACUCCAAUUCUCUACUAUAUAAUGUGCCUAUAAACGUCAUCAAAAAGCUACAGCCGGUGUAGAAGACAGCUGUCAGACUGAUUACACGGUCUAGGAAGUCAUCACAUCACUCCCAUUCUCCUCGAUCUUCACUGGCUACAUGUUUCUGAACGAAUUAAAUUUAAGAUUCUACUACUUACUUUCAAAGCUCUGCAUCAGCAAUCUCCAACCUACGUUCAAGACCUUAUCACCCGCUACUUACCUUCUAGAUCGCUUCGGUCAUCCUCUACGCUCAGCCUGAAUCCUGUCAUCUUUAACCUUAAGACCUAUGGAUCAGCAUUCUGUCUCAGCCCCCGAACUUUGAAACAAACUACCUUUCGACAUACGCUCAUGCGAGAAUCUAAGUCUUUUAAACUUAAAACCUGCCUCUUUAAGAACUUUUACUUUAGUCAUUAGGAAGAUGUAUUUGAUUUUAUAUGUGUUUAAAUUUAUAUUUAUGUAUUUUAAUUAACUUUUAAUUCUAAUUUUUUGACUUUGUUAAGCGCCUAGAUCUAUUACUGGAUAGGCGCUAUAUAACUGUUCUUCUUCUUCUUCUUCAUGGUCAGUUUCCCGCUCCAUUGUAAAGCGUAUAUUGGGGUGUUGAUUCAGACAGCAGUCAAGGGAGGGAAAGCACAGCCCUAUUUAGCAGUCGAGCCCCAGGAAACGCCUAAGUUCUUCUUUAAAAUCCCUUACGUUGGGCACUUCUCAGUGACGGCAGAGAGGAGUAUACGCAAACUUGCUAACCGGUCAUGUAAACCUAUUGAUUUAAGGUUAGUCUUUAGUACUUUCAAAGUGAGGAAUCUUUUUAAUGUGAAAGAUGCUGUCCCUGAGGGGCUACGCACGCGUGUGGUCUAGAAAUUUUCGUGUGCAAGUUGUAAUGCUUGUUAUGUUGGUGAAACCAGCCGACACUUCUCCACACGAGUGCGCGAGCACUUACUUUGAGACAGGUCUUCGAACGUUUUUAAACAUCUGCAGGGUUCAGAGUUUUGUAGAGCAUCCUGCACACCGGAUUGCUUCGAGAUCCUGGACUCUGCAGCCACUAAGUACCAAGUGAAGCUUAAGGAAUCCAUGUUUAUAAAAUGGGAGAAGCCCGAUCUCAACCAGCAGGUGAAACACAUUAACCUGACUCUCUCCCUGUAAAGAACUAAGCGUCACUCAUUUAAUUUUGUUUUAGUACGCAAUAUUGACAACGCAAUGUAACGAACUUUGUAAGAUCGCGCGCGCUUUAAAUUCAACGGCGAUUUCAAAAUAUGUAACACUGAAGAUGACGGAUGUACCGUCGAAACAUGUCUGGAAAAUUAAGGAAAGUUGUUAUGUUUAUACGAAUAUUAAAUUACAAAUUAAAAGCGUUCUUAAAAAGAUAAGUCUUCAACUGUACUUUAAAAGAGUCAAUGUUCAUACAGUUUCUAAGGCUAGAUGGCAGAAAUAAUAAUAGUAAUAAGAAUAUAAAAUUACAAAUUAAAAGCUUUCUUAAAAAGAUAAGUCUUCAACUGUACUUUAAAAGAGUCAAUGUUCCUACAGUUUACAAGGCUAGAUGGCAAAGCAUUCCAUACUGUUGGUCCAGCGUGGAAAAAGGCUCAAUCGCCAAAAGUCUUCCGUGUCACCUUAGGGAUUACAAGCAAUGUUUCAGAAUCAGACCGCAUGCUGUAUCCAGUUCUUUGGCUUUGCAACAAGUAGUUCAGAUAAAUAUUGUGGCGCCAGGCCGUUCAACGUUUUAAAAACUAAAAACGCAAUCUUAAAUUCUACUCUAAAUUUCACUGGUAACCAAUGAAGUUCCCUAAGUACCGGAGUAAUAUGGACAAACUUAGGAAUUAAGCAUGUAACCCGAGCCGCCGUAUUAAGAACUUUUUGAAGUCGGUCAUAUUGAUAUUGCGGAAGCUUAUACAAAAGAGCGUUGCAAUAAUCUAAAUGUGACGUAACAAACACAUGAAUUAAACACUUUGUUGAUUCUGCAGACAGAUAUUUCCUAAUUUGCCCAAUAUUGUAAAGCCUCCUAAAUGCCUUACUACACACCUUUCCUAUAUGAAUAUUCAUAGACAUAUAGUUAUCAAACCAUGUGCCAAGAUUUCUAACAUGCUUAAGGGGUUGAAUGGUACAAUCACCAACUUUAAUUGAAGCCAUGGUAACCUUAGAUAACUGCUGCGACGAACCGAUGAUUAGAAAUUCUGUCUUUGAAUCAUUAAACAUCAACCUGUGUGAGACUAACCAAGUCCUAACAUCAGCUAUGCAGUUUUCAAUAGCCUUAAUCGCUUGAUCUUGAGCAGCAAACGAAUCUGGACGAAACGACACGUACAACUGAGUAUCAUCAGCGUACCCAUGAACUGAUGGAAGGUGCUUCUUAACAACCUCAAACAGCCUUGAUGCAUACAAUAGAAAAAGAUUUCCUUGGAUAUCUCGUAUACGAAUUAUUGCUUCGACCCAAAUCUUGGCGAGGGUCUUAGUAUAUUUACCUUCUUUCAUUUCCCAGAUUCUGGACUUUACCUGUCGAAUGGUUUUGAUUUUUAUUUUGAUCUACUUUGAAUGGCGUGACACUGAAAACCAGCAAUAUUCUUUGUUCAGUUUUUCGUGAUAUUUCUUAUUAGUACGUCGUUUGAGAUCCUGAUCCUCCUCCACUGCCUGAUCAUGAGGGGCAAACUUUAUCGAGUCAAGCCUUAUAAUGAGGAAGCAGACCACUGAAUAUAACCUCAAAAAAGAAAGAGGCAAGUUUUCGCAUUCCGAUUUUUGAUAGUGUGAGCAGUUUAUAUAAGGGACAUUAGAGACCUUAACGGCUUUUUCAGUGACGGACGGCAAUUGGAAGUGAAGUUUCUGCAUGCAUGCUUAGGUAGUUGUUUUGUCCAAAUUUUUUGGCAAAUCGUCUUUACUAAGGUAAAGUAAGGUACCAAUACAAAUUCAAACGAUUGAGGUACGUCGCUCAAAAACGCCUUCCUAAUUGUCAGGGUAACUAAUCACAUUCACAUUCUAAAUAAAGUUUCGAAAGACUACAGGUCUUACUACUCUUUGGAGUUUAUCUAGCUUAGUGUAACCAUAUAUGCAUCUCAAAUUGGAAGACAUUUGAGCUGCUAAAGACAAAUUAAAGUCUCACCACCUCUCACAAUUCUGAUUGGCUAAAAUUACCCGGCUAUGUCUUCAUAACCUGCUAGCAUUGACCGACUUUGGAAGAUGUUUGUCGAUAUCCAUAAAAAGUGUCGUCUUCUUUUCGGAUGAUUGACAGAAAAAAAGGACAGACAGCGCUAAGCUGUUUUGGCAGUCGCAGAGUUGGAGAAAGCGGCAGAAAAUUUCAAUCGUUAAAAGCGAACUAAGACAAAAUAGCUGAGAUACAAGAAUAUCUGCAAAGAUACCAUUCGACGGAUGACAACUACUUUUUGAAGAUUAUCUAGCAGAAGAAACAUCCCUUUACAUAUCCUGAAAUUGACGAGGAAACGGCAUAUCAGUGUUCUGAAGGCGGAACUUUACAUAAAUCGACGUAAACACAGUUUGAAUUUCGAAAUAUUUUGAAUAAAAAGGAAAACAACUACUGGUUCCGCAUUCAAAUGAUAUGAAGAAUUAUGCAGAUCUCGGAGGAGCCGAGGUGGAUAAUUCGCGGAUACCACCCGUCUUGAUCUGUAUAAUUUAUUCAAAUCAAUUAUUUAUCUACAUCCAUGCAAUGAAAACGAAUCAACGAAUCACAUCGAGGAUUAAUUCCCGCCGAGAGACAUUUGAACAAUUAAAGAAGCACAUUUUAAAACUGAGCGACAACCGACAAAUGGAAUGAAAGUAAUUAAAAUAUAUAUAAUGUAUUCUUCUCAUUGUCAAAUCGCGCUCAGGAACAGAAUGAUAAGUUAAGAAAGGUUCCUAAUCAAUAUUUUCUGUUGACAGUCCAUAUUGGGGCUUACGGGAAUAUAGAAAUCAGCUAUAGAAGUUAAGGGAUGAAAGAUACAUUUUUUUUAUUCUAAAGUAUCGACGCCAAGUAUUAAUUGAAAUAGAUCGAAAUUGGUCUAUUAUCAAACACAGUUUCUUGUAUGAAUUUUUAUAAGUUUGGCUAAAAAGGCCCUAGCAGUGGACAGUUUUUGUUAUUUAUUUUCGGUAGCAAGCAGGUGAACAAAGUGAAACACGUACACAGGGGAAAAGAAGCUCUUAAGGUAGGGACAAGUAAAAGGUUAAAUACCAGAAAAAAAGAGAAAUAGAUUAUGAAAUUUAAUCAUUCCUAAGAUAACUUUUAUUCGGAAUUACAAACUAAUUUUUGGAAAACUUUCAAAAAUUUAAGUUCAUGUUUUGCCGCAGACGAGUUUAAAUAUCGUCUGCGACGCGGCUACAGAUGGCAUGGAGAUGUUUUCCGUUAUGUGUGUUUUAUCUCCAUCUCUUGUUAGCCUUUACUUGGACGAUAUGAAGUUUACUAAAGCCUGCAAAUGAUCUCCUGGCCCUUCCCCGAGAGUUAGCAAACCCGCAAAAUAUUCGGAAAAUUUGUUUAAAUACAUUCUAGUUUUAUUUCGCCUUUGGUUUCUUUGCCUGUUUUUUUUUUUCUAACUGUUUUGGUCGCGGGAUCAUUCCGCCAUCUUAGCAAUAACCAGUCACACCACAAACCCAUAGGUAACCCACGUUCAAUAUUGGUAACACGGUAGGUAUAUAUUGUAAAAUUACCUAUCAAAAAUUUUUAGGAAAUAAUUAAUGGCGAAAAUUCAGUGAAACUAAACUCUGCAGUAAUUUGUUGCUGUCCUUAAAGUUAACAUGGAGUUUCGGGAUAUAUUGUCAAAUCCUCCACUCAUUCAAUAAAAUACUAAAUCGACGGGUUUUUUCACGGUAAAAAGCAGCAUAGAAAUCGCUACCUAUAAGGAAGUGCAUAUCAGUAGUGACAAUCAAUGUUCUUUCCUCAUUACGAGAAAAAUAAUAUCAUGAUUUUUUUUUUUUUUAACAGACAGCUUACUCUCAGCGCCUCCUGCUACAGAGAAAUGGCUCAAGCAAAAAUUUUGCAGAAAAUAAAAGCCUGGAGAAAUUUAACAGCGAACUUCGGUGCACGGCCGUGUUUUCUGGAGAAGUAAAACAUGAGCUAAUCUUUCUCUUGGUGGUUAAUAUUUCUGUGUCCAUUACAGCAUUUCUGGGGAACUCUCUGAUCCUAGUGGCUCUGCAGAAAGAAUCUUCACUUCAUCCGCCGUCCAAACUCCUGUAUCGUAACCUAGCGAUAACUGAUCUCUGUGUCGGUAUGAUUGCAGAGCCUGUUUAUGUUGCCUAUUUUAUGUCCGUGCUAAGAGAUAAAUGGGAUAUUUGCUUUUACGCGAAUUUGUUACGUUUUUUCACGGGCUAUGUUUUUAGUGCCGUGUCAUUAUUUACAUUGGCUGUAAUAAGCGUGGACAGACUUCUCGCCCUGUUACUGGGGCUGAGAUACAGACAAGUUGUAACUUUGAAAAGAACACUCAUGACCCUAGUUGUUGGAUGGAUUUUGUCCAUUGUGGGUAUAUUGGCCUACCUUUGGGAUCCUAUUGUGACGUCAUGGUGCGUCAGGGUAGCCUUACCUGUCUGUCUCGUCACCUCAUUUGUCUGUUACGUGAAGAUUUUCGUCAUUCUGCGUCAUAACCAAAUCCAAGUGCUGGACCACUUUCCUCAAAGACAGCAGAACCAACCAGUUCCGGUUAACAUGGCGCGAUACAGAAAGGCAGUGUCUGCUGCAUUGUGGGUGCAGAUGACAUUGGUUGUUUCUUACCUGCCGUUCCUCAUAACCGAAGCUUUGACACCUCAGCGAGGGAUGCCACUAUCGCUUUACCUUGGAAGGGAAUUUACCGGUACGUUAGUUCUUUUAAACUCCUCUUUAAACCCGUUCCUGUACUGUUGGAAGAUCAGAGAAGUAAGGCAAGCAGUGAAGGAUACCAUCAGAGAACUUUUAUGUUCAUCGCCAAAUUAG